AUGCGCGUCCUCUCCAGCCUUGUUCAGAAGCAGCCAAAUGUUGAGAGAGAGAGAGAGAGAGAGAGAGGGAGAAAUGUUUUACAGAGGAGCCAAUCGGAGCCGGUCAAAGACGUCAACAUCUUUGUUCUUUCCAAUCAUCAUAGUUUCGUUGGUCGUGAUCCUUCCUGCUCGUGUCUUCCUGCGUUCUCACCCAUUCCCCUCGCUAAUUUCAACAAGCAUUAUCAGAUUUUUCACUUCCAAUUGCAACUUUUGAUUCUCCGCGGGAUCCGAAACGCCGCAACCAGUGAUGGAACAACAACCUGUCGACGACUAGGCCAGCUCCAAGAAAUUGGAGUUGGAGCCGUCUCCGAGUCACAACCCAGAGCCGAUGAAAUCGAAGUCGCAAUCUUGGCCUUUGAAAGAUCCUAUGACCCGUACGGCAGCGGCGGCGAAGAAAACGUGAAAACGGGCCCCAGUUUUGCUGAUGCUGCCAUGGGAAGAAUUGCACAAGGAACUAAGGUUUUAGCUGAAGGCGGUUAUGAGAAGAUCUUUUGUCAAACUUUUGAGACUGUUCCGGAGGAGCUACUUCAGAAUUCAUAUGCAUGUUACUUGUCAACAUCAGCUGGUCCAGUCAUGGGAAUCUUAUAUGUAUCUACAGCAAAGCUUGCAUUUUGUAGUGACAAUCCUCUUUCUUAUAAAGAUGGCGAUCAGACUGAAUGGAGCUACUACAAGGAAUCAAGAAUGAUAAGAUCAAGAUGUGCACAAAGCAAAGCUUGAAGGCCAAAUCAUAUUCUUUGUAAUAUAUCUAUAUUGGUCUGUAAUAGUAAUUAGGACAUUUGGUUUGUAAUAAGUUCACACACAUCACACGUAUGAUUUAUUAUGUAAGCUCAAACCGAACCAUGAAUGAGAAAGGACCAUAGAAAGACCUUAGGGUGCACCUUCGGUCGACCAACACCGAACUUUUUCGGUGUCUUCAAAUUGGACCCCAAGUGACCUAGGACACGCACAUAUUUUACAUAUGUUUAUAAGGCACUUGAAUAAGACUUAUUUGGGUCGAUACGGGACCGAAAUGCACACUUGGUGUACUUUCGGUCGACCGGCCAAUUCAGUUCAAUUUGGCCCGGUCGACCGAACUGGCCCUGGGUCAACAAUUUGACCAAGGCCCGGUUGACCGAGACCAUGUAGUUCAUUUGACCCCGGUCGACCGAACCACCUGGAAGUCAACUUUUUGACCUCCCGGUCGAUCGAGCACUUUUGUACUUCAACUACCUAGUUGACCAAAGGGUCGUGGGAGAACUCCCAACGGUCUGGUCGACCGAGCCCUUCAGUUCAAAAUAGCCCCGAUCGAUCGAACCUCGGAAAUUUGGGAAAUCACCCUUCCUCGGUCGACUGACCACUUAGUUCAAAACACCCCUGGUCGACCGAGCCAUUUGAAUCCUGGUCGACCGAACCACUUCUGGUCUACCGGACCUUCGGGUUGCUCCCAUUUUUAUCGUGGUUAAUAUUUUUCU